AUGCCAUCUACUCGUACCAUAAAGUGGUUAAUCUCCACAUUAUUCCUGUUCCAUUUUUCGGGAGUUUGGACGGGAUUUUCCUGCCUAAGUAAUCCAUGUGUUCAUGGUGUGUGCUUGGACGACUUAAAUUCAACAUAUUUUUGCUAUUGUAUUGACGGUUACACCGGAGUCCAAUGCCAAACAAAUUGGAAUGAAUGUUGGUCUGAUCCGUGCCAAAAUGGGGGAACCUGCAUUGAUGGAAUUGCCAAGUUUAAUUGUUCUUGUCCGUCUGGAUUCGUUGGAGAGCUUUGCGAACAAGAUUUGAACGAAUGCGAAAGCAAUCCUUGCCAGAACAAUUCGACAUGUGAAGACGGGCCUAAUGGAUAUAUUUGUCAUUGUUUGCCUGGAUACGAAGGAAUUCAUUGCGAAAUUGAUGUAGCGGUUUGCAAUGUUACUAACGAAACCAGGUGUUACAACGGAGGAAUUUGCGAAGAAGGACCUGGAGAUAGUUUCUUCUGUCGAUGUCAACCGGGCUGGGAUGGACAUUUAUGUGAAUCAGAAAUAAAUGAGUGCGUCUCAGCACCGUGCCAAAACGGAGCGAUUUGUAUUGAUUUACACGCAAAUUAUGCUUGCGCCUGUUUAUUUGGUUUUGCGGGAAGAAACUGCGAACAAAUCGUACAACUGUGUAACAAAAAUCCGUGUAAAAACGGAGCCCUAUGCUUGGUGGAAGAAAAUCAACCAACUUGUUAUUGCGUACCUGAUUUUCAUGGUGAAUUAUGCCAGUACCAAUAUGACGAAUGUCAACUAGGACCGAGGUGUGUCAAUGGUGGAACAUGCAUAGACGGAAUUGAUACGUUUACCUGCUCUUGUCCUGCAAAUUUAACGGGCUUAUUCUGUGAAUGUUUAAUUCUUGAAUCUAACGAAUUAGACUGUUCUUACGUUGCACCAACAACUACUACGGAAGUUACAACCUUAUCAACAACAAAUUUAACAACAAACACUACUGGAAUGACCAUUCCGUUUACAUUUGUCGACACUACUUUACCAACAACUACAACAACAGGAUAUAUGGAAAAUAUUACAUACUUUCCACCCGCCGAUCUAACAACAACCACAGCAACAUCAACUGAAACAACUGUUUCUAUGCUGUAUGUUAAUAUUAGUACAAUGACUGAUUUUACUGGUACAUCUUCGGGUACUAAGGAACCAAUGACAACUGAGACUGCAACAACAACAGUUUUAGACACAUUUUUAACGGAAGAACCGAGGGAAAUUACCGAUUUUACUACAGUAACAUCAACAACAACUUCUGUCACAGAUUCGAUUUUGGACACAACUUUAUCAACAUCAACAACUUCCAGUCCAGACCUUAUAGAUUGUACCUUAUCAAGUUCAAAGUGCCAGAACGGAGGAUCAUGCAUUUAUGCCGAGAAAGGAUACAAAUGUUUAUGCCCGUUUGAUGCCGAAGGAACAUUUUGUGAAAUUACUUUGGGAAUUAGAAACGCUGCGUUUGACGGGGAAUCGUACUUAAGUCAUAGAUUGUUCAAUCGCACCCAUAUAGAUCUAGAAUUUGAAGCUAAAACUCUUUUGUCCAACGGAUUAUUAUUUUAUUCGAACAUCGGAUCCAGUUACAUGUCCGUUUAUAUCGAAGAAGGAUAUUUGAAAUUUAAAUUCUCGUGCGGUUAUCAAACUAUGCUGUUGAGUGAGUUGAAUGUUCCUGUUAACAAUGGGUAUUUGAUGAACGUUAAAGCGAAUUUAGAUUUUAACCAAGAUUUGAAACAUUGUUUUGCAACCAUAAAGGUAAACGAUACGUUGACAAUGACGGGAGAUCAAAUGGCGAACGUAAUGGAAUUCUUCAAACCACCGUCUUGGUUACAUUUAGGUACUAUUCCAGAAGGAUUUUCUAUUGACCAUAUCAAAUUGACAGGUGGUUUCGUGGGUUGUAUGUCUAAUUUGAAAAUAUUUGGGAAUCGAAUCAACAUCUUUAAGGAUGCUGAAGACGGUUUUGGAGUCAAGGAGUGUAGUUCUCUGGUCUGUCUAUCCAAUCCUUGCAGGAACAACGGCGUGUGUUCGACUAGAGGAGACGAUUGGUUGUGUCAUUGUAAAAACGGAUAUUUAGGAAAAAGAUGUGAACAAUCAAUUUGCGACAAUAAUCCGUGCUAUUUUGGAGGGACCUGUCUUCCAUUUUCCGGAAAUGGAUACAUUUGUUUGUGUCCGUAUGGAAAGCACGGCCAUUUCUGUGAAAACGAUUUGAAAAUCAUGGAACCACACUUUUCGCCUUCCAUUAAAGGACUAUCGUCUUACGUAGCGUAUCCAAUUCCUGUCGGAGUUUUCCACAACAUGGAAAUCAAAUUUAGAUUCACUCCCGUAACUUUGGAACAAAUUUCCAUUUUGUUAUUUAUCGGUCAAAACAAUCAACACGAUUUUCACUCGGACCAUUUAGCGGUCAGUUUCGUCAAAGGGUACAUUAUGCUUACAUGGAACUUGGGCGCGGGACCACGCAGAAUUUUUAUGUCGCAACCGAUAAAAAAGGGCGCCAGGGACUAUCUGGUUAAGCUGGGUUUGACCGGACGCAAAGCCUGGUUGUAUGUCGAGAACACCGGGAAUAUAACAGGACGUGCGCCCGGCAGUCUCACCAAUUUAGACGUUCUCCCUUUGAUAUACGUCGGUGGACACGAAUCGCAGUAUUUCAAGAAACUACCGCAUGAUCUACCACUGCAUUCUGGAUUUUCCGGAUGUAUUUUCGAUUUGGAAUUGAAGUCUGGCAAUAUCAUUCUUCCACUUCACGGUCAUUUAAACGUAUUCGGGAGGGCAGUUGGCCAGUGCGGAACGACGGAAUGUUUUGACCAGAGUUGUCAGAAUGGUGGUGCAUGUUUACACCAUGCUAGUACGUUUAUGUGCCUUUGUCAAGACAAUUGGUUCGACCCUUUGUGUUCUUCCAGAAAUAACUUGUGCGAAUACAAUUAUACAAAGUGUUCAGAUUCUUCCAUUUGUGUGCCAUUCAUUUCGAACUACAAGUGCGACUGUCCUUUUGGAAAAAUCGGAAAAUAUUGCGACAAAUCCGAAAACAUUACUGACAUUAGUCUCACAGGAGAGAGAUCGUUUAUUUUACUGAAUUUCUUCGACUUUCACGACACAAGAGUCAGUUUUAGUAUUGAAUUGCGGUUUUUAAAAGACGACGGUUUAAUAUUUUUCAUUGGGGACAAAGAAAACGGUUUUCUGUCCUUAAAUUUACAAAAUAACGUAAUCGAAUUACGCGUUUGUACGAAUAAAAAUAAGCCAAACGAGGAUUCAUUAUUGUCGAUUAGAAGUUCUAAAUUGUUGUUAAAAGGAAUUUGGUACAAUGUGGAAUUUGGAGUUUUUGGACGAAAAGUUUAUCUUUCAGUUAAUGAUGUCAUCAAUACUGGUUUAACGAAUGGCAACGUUUUAAAAUUUUCCAAUAAGGAAAUUUAUUUAGGAGGUCUGCCAGAUAUGUCAUAUUUGCCGACGUUAGCUACAUCAAGUUAUCCAAUACCAUUUACCGGAUGUUUCCGACACUUUUACCUAGAUUCCAAUCACAUACCGUUAACCUUCGAAACAAUAAAGCAAGGCAGAAACAUCGUGGAUUGUGACGGAACACCGUGCGGAGGGGAGAGUUGCCUGCACGGUGGUACAUGUUGGCUGGACUCUUUCAUGAAACCCCGUUGUUCUUGCGUUCAACCCUUCUUUGGAGACAAGUGUCAAUUAGUGCCCGAAUGCGACGAGAAAACUUGCAAAAACGGAGGUGUUUGUUACCACGGCAAAUGUUUAUGCAACGUUGGAUUCACGGGUGUUUAUUGCGAAAAUGAAAUAAAGAUAGAAAUGCCAAAGUUCAGCGGAAUGAGUUACCUGAAGUUCAAAAAGGUCGACGAUAAAAAGCGAGACUUGGUGAAGAUGGAAGUUAGUAAAUUGUACAUCAACUUCACCACUGCUAAACCGGAUGGGUUAAUUUUGUGGGACAGCAAAGAUGAUGAGUUUACGGGAAUCGGCAUAGAAAACGGUUACUUAAAAGUGACAUAUUCACACGGCGGAAAACACUAUGUGGACAUCGUAUCAACGAAAUACAUUUCCGAUGGUCUAUUUCAUUCGGUGGAAAUUUUGUUUGGCGCACAUAAGAUUUUAUUGGAUUCUGUUAUAGUUGAAAUUAUGAACGAUAAUAUUACGGACGAAAAUCAUCAUGUCUUUUUGAACGAUGUCAUUUAUAUAGGCGGAUUACCUUCAAACGAUACUUUAAAGGAGACUUUUGGUAUGUUUCACGAAAAUUUUGAAGGUUGUAUUGAAGGUUUUGCUAUCAAUAACGAAAGAAAGAUGAAAGAUUUUUCUCAUUUAGAAGGGAGAAAUAUAGAUGUGUGCAAUAUAGUUUAAUUAAUUAUUAGGAAAUAAAUUAAUGUAAUAGAAUGAAACUAUAACGAAUCGAUAAAACUUAUCGGUUUGUUUUAGUUUUAUUCACCUGUUAGAAUUGUACUUGUUUGUGUUUGUUCUCAUUUUACAUUUUUACUUUUUUGGUUUUAAUAUAUCUAUGAUUUUAUUUGUUUUCACAACUUUAGCUUCCUGAAUUCUAGUGAUCACGAUGUGCAUUUAUAUUUGAUAAUUUUGUAGACUUGUUUUAUAAUCGUUAAUGUAUUUUAUUGUUCAUUUAAUAUGUAAUAAAUAUGAAU